AUGUCUCGUUUAGAUCUAUCUACCAAGUUUCAAGUGAUAUGUUACCAAGGACAAUUGUUCACCAUGUUAUUUGCCAAAUCUCAUAUUGGCGUAAUUCAGAAAGAUGAAUUUAAAGUGAUGAAUUAUGGGUCAGAUGGAUCUUUUCUUGGACCAGAUACAACGGUUUUCACUUUAGAAGCUGAAGGGAAAUUUAGAUAUUCAAUUAUUAAACUGGAUGAUGAUCAUUUUUUAAUAAAUUCAACAAUCGGUAUGCACCCUCCAAUCUCUGUGAAUGUCAAAUACAGUGAUUAUUUUGAAGGCUUACCGCUUCCUAUCAGUAACCUUGAAAUAUCAGCCAGAGCUGAUCUCCCAACAACUCCUUAUAGAGAAAUGAAUGCAAGAUUUUUGGGAUUCUUGAAGGAUAAGUAUGAAGCAGCUUUUGGGUAUCAUGAAGAGUAUGCACUUGAGAUUAUUAUGUCUGGGGGAAAUAGAGAAUUUAUAUCUACUUGUAUUAGCCGCGAGUUUAUCGCAAAGGGGAUUGAAAAAAUUUAUUACAAAAAUACAAACAGACAAAUUGAUGAGAGUGAUGAUAGUGAUUCUACCAGCGCCGAUGAAAUUGAUAGUUUUGAAGCAAACGAACAAACUUUCAACACCUCAGUUCCAUCAUCUACGGGAAACAACCCACCAAAAGAAAAGCACCCAUUUAUGAAUGGAAAAAUUGAACAGUUACCAAUCAUUUACCCACCAGUACCAUUUGGUGGUCAAAGUCCUUUCUAUUUUGGAGUUGGUAAAGGAAAUCCUUUUGGGAAAUUUUCAAGAGAACAGCCAUUUUAUUAG